AUGCACCCCACCUGCGCCGCUGCUAGAACCAUGCUCCGUCUUACGGUAAGUUUUAAGUUCUUGCUGACCGCUCUGUCGAUGUUUUCGGCCGAGGUUGUUACUCAGUAUCAUACGGGGAGAGGGUGUCACCGAGCACCGUGCGGUUACUUCACCUUUCCUAUGUUCGUAUUUCAGGUUCUUUGUCUGCUGCUACCGUCGACCAUGGGCAUGAGCAUGAAUUACGUGAACGCGACCAGCACCCAGAGGCCGACAUUUGUCAUCAACUUUGACAUCGCGACCAUAACGUGUCAAAGGUCGAAAAAUCAAUCGGAUUUAAUCAUGCUGCCGAUCUCGGCGUUGUGCGACGGCAAGAGAGACUGCUGGGAAAACGAGGCCGUCGACGACGAAAAGUUCCCCUAUUGCAGUAAGAAUUAUUUGCGAGCAUUCGUCAUGGUUUAG